AUGGAUUUAACAUUACUAUCUAGUGACAGUGACAGUGAUUUGGAAAUGCUAGCUCAGUUAUCUGACUCAAGUGAUGAAGAUGAAACCCUACGCCGCACUCCAAAGAGAAGAGUGAACUAUACGCAAAGUCUCGAUGACGGUGAUUUUACCUUUAGGUUUCGAUUGAACAAACAUGCGUUCAAUUCUUUAUUGUUAGAAAUAACCCCAUUAUUACGAGUAACAUCCACGAGAAAUUACGGAGUAUCACCAUUACAUCAACUUUUGUUGACCCUACGGUUUUAUGCACUAGGCACAAUGUUGAUAUCCGUAGCAGAUUUUGUUGGAGUUUCAAAAUCUACAGCAGGCAGAAUAGUGCGAGACACAUCAUCAGCAAUUGCCCAAUUAUAUGAUAAAUAUAUUUAUGUUCAUCGAAGGAGUGCAGACAAAUUCUAUAGAAUUGCUGGAUUUCCUCGCGUGCUUGGGGCAAUUGAUGGCACACAUAUCCGCAUACAGUCUCCAUGUCAUUUAAUAGGCGAAGAAUACAGAAAUCGGAAGGGUUACUUUUCUUUAAAUGUUCAAGAGCAUUUGGAGUAUGGAAAUGUAGGUUCCCUGUUGUAG